AUGGCGACCAAGUUCUGUCGAAGUAGAGCUCUUGCUUCAGCUCUGCGACCCGCGAAGCCCUCGUUGCAGCCGCGCAACGACCAGGUAGUCCGCUGCAUCGCCUCGACCGCCCGUCAAAAUGUCGCCGUCCCCAUCCACGCCCAGAACAUGCGGCAGGCGCCCCGAGACCACCCCCGGGAGCUGAAGGCCCCUAUCGUCAACCCGGCCGACAAGUACUCCUCCAAGGCCGACGACCUGCACCGCUAUGGCUCGUGGCUCAUGGGAUGCAUGCCCAAAUACAUCCAGCAAUUCUCUGUCUGGAAGGAUGAGCUGGUCAUCUAUAUCCCGCCGGCCGGUGUUAUACCCGUCUUUUCCUUCCUCAAAUACAACACAGCUGCAGAGUUCACCCAAGUCAGCACCGUCACGGCCGUCGACUUCCCCACCAAAGACCAGCGAUUCGAAAUCGUAUACAACUUGUUGAGCGUGAGACAUAACGCGCGAAUUCGAGUCAAGACAUACGCCGACGAGGCCACGCCAGUCCCCAGCAUUACGCCUCUGUUUGACGGGGCCAACUGGUACGAGCGGGAGGUCUACGAUCUGUUUGGAGUCUUCUUCGUGGGCCACCCCGAUCUUCGCCGCAUCAUGACGGAUUACGGUUUCGAGGGCCACCCUCUGCGAAAGGACUUCCCCCUGACCGGAUACACGGAGAUUCGUUACGAUGAGGAGAAGAAGCGCAUUGUCACUGAGCCAUUAGAGCUGACACAGGCCUUCCGCAACUUCGAGGGGGGUUCCACUUCUUGGGAGCCUGUCGGCCCUGGCCAGGACCGCAAGCCGGAUACGUUCAAGCUGCCUACGCCGAAGCCUGAGGAGAAGAAAGAGGAGCCCAAGAAAUAG